GUAAAUUAGGGUGAAGGUCGUAAUAUUUCACAAAUAUUUUUGGGUAAGUUAAUGUUUUAAAUGGCUUCUUCCUAUGAAGAAAUAAGCUUUAAUCUUUCAUCGGAUCUGAUUAAAUAUCUAAAAAGUGUAUGCGAAUCCGGGGAACUAUCAAAAUCUAAUUGUGAUCGAUUAUUGAAGCUUAUCGAAGAGAAUGAUAGCAUUCCAUUGUCACUUUUGUAUGAAACGACUUCACAAAUUAAUGGAAAAGGACUUAAUCAGGCGCUAUUGACUACAGAAAUGAUUAUUCCAAGUCCGAAACCUCCUCAGAGAAGUAAGGAGCUAGAAGACCGCUUAGUUCGCUUAAGAUUGGAAGCUGAAGAAAGAGAGUACAAGCAAAUGACAAAGAAUGUCAGUCUAUCAUCAAAUGCAGAAUCAAUAGCAUCUGAUUUCGCUAAAUCUCAGAAAGAAAUGAACAAACAAAUUAUGAUGAUGUUUAAUUUUAUGGGUACCGUAAUCGGUUCAGCAGUUUUUGCUUACGUUGUUAGCGGUUCAAUUAUGGGAGAAGGAAACAUAAGUUUCCAAAUGUUAGCUGCCCUACUUACAGGAACUUUAGUGUUUUUCGCUGAUUUGUAUUUCAUUGUCAAAGCUGAUAGUCAGUCGGAAAAGAAGAACUAA